AUCCUUGUGUUUUGUUUGGUUUUUGAUGUUUUUGGCGAUUUUUCGUGUUACAUGUGAGACGCUUCGUUCGCUUCGCAUACGACGAGGCAACUUGAUCGAUAGCAUAGCGGUGGUGGCCGAUGGUGGCGGUGACGACGAUUUCAGAACCGGAUCCGGUUUCAGAAAGGAAAGCGCGCUAAUUAUGCCUUAAUUGAGGGCGGUAAUCGUGCAUGGUUAAUUGCGCCUCUUUAUUGAGGACGUAAAUUUUGCCUCAAUUAUUGAGUGCGUAAAUUGUGCCUCUUCAUUGAGGGCGUUAAUUGGGCCUUAUUUAAGGGCGUUAAUUGUGUCUUAAUUAAGGAUAUUAAUAUUUUAUUAUUAUGCCUUAAUUAAGAGCUUAAUUGUCUCAAUCAUGAGUUAUCAUGAUUGUGGGAAUAUUUUGAUGUAAUUUGUUAAAUAUAUCGACUUAUAUUUCUUCUUGUUUUCUUGUUUUAUUUUCAGGAUUAUUGGAAGAAGACCGGUUUUCUUUUCGGACAUUAAAGUUUUAUUGUCUAAAUUUCCCCGGUCAUCUUGCAUGUCCGACGGUUAGAUAAUAAGCUUUCUUGAAUGAAAGAAUUAUCACGGUGAAUUGCCGAUUCUCGUUGAGAUUUAUUCUCAUUUUCAAAAAAAAAAAAAAAAAAAAAAAAAUACUUCUCUAAUAUCAUAUGCAGUACACCUCUCUUGUGUUAUAUACAUAACAGUUUUAGGAUUGUUACUGGUCAACAAUAUAAAUUCUAGCCCCGGUGAAGAAAAAGUUCUGGAUCCGCCCGUCGUAGACUUUGAGUUUUGACAUCGAUCAUGAAGUGACGAGGCUCGAGGAUUUAAGAUAUAUAUUGAUAUAUAUGGUAGCCCUUUGGACGGUUGAAUCGGAUAAAAUACUGUCAAGUAAUUGUGUGUGCGCGAUACCCAGAUGUGGAUACAAAGCGGCGGGGAUGAAGAAUUGAAAUACUCUAAUUUAUUACGAAAAUGCACUGCAUGUUCGAGCUUAAUCCAUGGCAGAGCAGUCCAUGGGAAGUUCGUUAAACUUGCCAUCCACUCAUCUUCACUGUAUCUCCACAAUUUUCUACUCAAUAUGUAUGUCAAAUGCGGAGACCUUAAAAACGGGGUUCAGCUGUUUGAUGAAAUGCCCCACAGAAAUGUUGUGUCAUGGACGGCUGUUAUCGCUGCUUUUGUACAACAUGGUAGACCCAUCGAAGCUCUUUUCUUCUUUUCUCGGAUGCAUCACACUGGAACAGCUAGGCCUAAUGGCUUCACCUUUGUUAGUGUUCUUCAAGCAUGUUCUUUCUCUAAUACCUUGAUGCCUGCAUACCAAGUUUAUGGCUUCAUCCUCAAGGUUGGUUUGGAGUCGAAUAUUUACUUGGUCAAUGCUUUUUUGACUGCAUUAUUGCGCCAUAAUCAGUUUUCUGAAGCUUUGUAUGUUUUCGACAAUUGUUUAAAUAGGGAUAUAGUAUCAUGGAACGCCAUGAUGGCUGGUUAUCUGCAGUAUUCCUUUGCAGAUGUUCCGGGCUUUUGGUGUAAGAUGAUUCGGGAAGGGGUGAUGCCUGAUAAUUAUACAUUUGCUAGUCUUCUCACUGCUUUGUCUGCUCUUACUGAUCUCACUUUGGGAUUGCAAGUUCAUGCGCGGCUUGCUAAGUCUGGUCAUGGAAAUGAGAUGUGUGUAGGCAAUUCCUUGGUCGAUAUGUACUUGAAAAACCAAAAAUUGGCUGAUGGUUGGAAAGCUUUUGAAGAAAUGCCUUGUAGAGAUGUGCAUACUUGGACUCAAGUGGCAGCUGGGUGUUUAAAUUGUGGUGAACCUAGAGAAGCACUAGAGGUUGUCAAAGAGAUGAGGGAGAUGGGAGUGAAACCGAACAAGUUUACUCUUGUUACUGCACUUAAUGCAUGUGCUAAUUUAGCUUCUUUAGAUGAUGGAAAUAGAUUUCAUGGGUUGAAAAUUAAGCUUGGUGAUGAAGUUGACGUGUGUGUGGAUAAUGCUCUGUUGGACAUGUAUGCAAAAUGUGGAUUAAUGGAUAGUGCAUUAAGUGUAUUUCGAUCGAUGAAAGACAGGACAGUUGUUUCAUGGACGACAAUGAUAAUGGGGUAUGCACAAAAUGGGCAUGCAAGAAAAGCUUUAGAUAUCUUCAGUGAGAUGAGGGUGGAAGGUCCAGAACCUAAUUAUAUUACAUUCAUAUGUGUACUAUAUGCAUGUAGCCUAGGAGGAUACAUUGAUGAAGCUUGGAGGCAUAUUUCUUCCAUGAAUGACGACUACGGAAUCUCACCUGGAGAAGAUCACUAUGCAUGCAUGGUAAAUCUCUUAGGCCUGGCUGGGCGUACGAAAGAAGCUGAGGCCUUAAUCCUCCAAAUGCCAUCCAAACCAGGAGUACUAGUUUGGCAGACUUUACUCGGCGCUUGUCGGCUUCAUGGGGAUAUUGACACUGCAACUCGUGCAGCAAAGCAUGCUUUAAAUCUAGACAGACAUGCCCCUUCAACUUAUGUAUUGUUAAGCAACACGUUCGCUGAUACGAGCAAUUGGAAUGCCGUAGGGACGCUGAGAGAAUUGAUGGGAAGUAGGGAUGUGAAGAAGAUGUAUGGCUCUAGCUGGAUUAGCUAAAUGGUGGUAAAAACAAAAUGAAAACCACUUGAGUUAAAUCCUAGGGAUCAAAUAUCUAUUGAUCUAUGAGUUUGUGUAAAACUACAUGGGAAGGUCGCAGUUUCAAAGAGCAAUACCAGAAGUCAGUUGUGUAGUCACUUCUUACAGAGUUAAGGGCUCACCCAUACUUUAUCAUCUCGAAAGAUUUAAAGUAUGAACUGGUUUUCCUUUCUCAUCUUGUAGGCAUGGCUUCUGAUGAUUGUAGUGCUAUUCCGGUGGGUGCAUAAAGUGCUUAUGUUAAGGUGAUUUGCACGUUCAACAGGAACUUGUUGCAGUAAAGGGGAGAUUACACUUUGAGGAGCGGGAACGGGGGGUAAUCUUAUUUGGGAUGGCAAGUAUAUUUAUGUUCUACAAGCUAAAUUUUUGAUUCACAUUGCAAUUUUAAACUGUAUUUUUGAACUUGCUUGUUACAUCUGUUAGGCAGUGAAUUUAUUUACCUAUUAAUCUAAUUUGGAUACAGAGCAGAAAUUAUCUCAAUCAGUAUGAGCUCAAAAAAACAUAUUGCAUCUGUCCGUGUCCAUGUAGGUGUAACCAGUAGAAGUAGGAAAUGUGGACAUUAUUUUGUGAUUUGGACUUUAAUAAAUGUUCUCAAAUUCUUCUUUAAGGUAAAUUUUAGUAUCUCUUUUUCAUAA